UCACGUGCUAUUCGCGAACACUAGUCCACUCCCGAUGUUCAAUUCCGUCUGACAUGGACGGAUGAAGUACCUGUGACAAAAUCAACGAUUGGUGAAUUCGUUCCAAAAGUUGUCUGAUUUGGUCAACAUUUCGUCUACUAUACAAAUUCCAUUUCCCACCAGGCCACCUGCUUCUGAUUCCUGCCAAAUUCUCCAUCAUUUUCUCUCGAGAGGGUUUUCAUAGAGGAUCCGAUUUAGUAGCCUUCUUCUUGGCAUGAAACUGAACAAGGAAAAGCUUGUCAGGUUUCAUUCUGAUGGAAUAAAACAUAAUGAGUAUCCAUGGGGAAGAACUGAACCAUCACAGCUAGAAAGGUCGUCAUCUGCAUAUAAGGUUCCAUCAUCUUCAUUGCUAAAAUCUGAUGAUGGACUAGUUGGGGGCAGAAAUAGAUUCACUGAAACUUUCGGAAUUGGGAAGUCUAAGGUGUUUCCAGAGGAUCACAAGCCAUGGCGCAAGAGAAUACUUGACCCGGGUAGCGAGAUUGUGCUACAAUGGAACUGGGUUUUCAUCAUUUCAUGCUUGGUGGCACUUUUUGUUGACCCAUUGUACUUUUUUUUGCCCACUCUGGGAGGAAAUGUGGAUUCUUCAUGUGUGAAGACAGACUUGAAUUUGCGAAUUGUUGUGACAUGUUUUCGGACUGUUGCGGAUAUAUUUUAUUUGUUGCAUGUGAUUAUAAAAUUCAGGACUGCUUAUGUUGCACCAAGCUCUCGAGUGUUUGGGAGGGGUGAACUUGUCAUGGAUCCAAAGAAGAUUGCACGGAGGUAUAUUAGAUCUGACUUCUUCAUUGAUCUCAUUGCCACACUGCCCCUUCCUCAGGUAUUUUGUUGUGAAGUAUUGUUCUGCCUUCUAUGCAUAAUAGAUCUUAUUGCAAACAUGUCGUGCUGA